AUGUUCACCCUGUCGAGAUCAAUAUUGUCUAGCCUCAUCGACAGCCUCACCUCACUCUUCGACCAAAACCACCCACAAGUCCUCACUCACGGCGACUUCUCAAUAACGAACAUCCUAGUCGACGACGAAACCUUCGAAAUCACGGGCAUCGUCGACUGGUCCCUAGCAGCUAUCGCGCCGUUCGGGAUGGAUCUGGACAUCCUCUUCCUGACCACUGGGUUCAUGACACUCGAGGGCUGGAACGACUAUGCGUGUAAACUACGACUAAAAGACAUCUUCUGGGAGGAGUUCUGGGCUGCUUCAGGCAUUGAAGGGGCGGGCCGCCGGGAGACACUUCGGCCAUCGGCCGAAGCUGCGGGCAAGAUUUGGGCGGUCCUCCGGAUGGCAUUCCGGCGCAACGCUGAUGGGUCACCGUCUGAGGAGGUCCUUGUGUCUGAAAGCAAUCUGAAGCAGCUGAGGGCCUGGCUUGGUGAAUAG